GUCGAGCAGGGCUGGAUCGAUGGUCCCUAUUGGGCUGAGAGCGAAGUCAGUGAGAGGCUCGGCAGCGCCGAGUGGAUGUGCACCAGGAGAUUCCCCAUCGUCCAGGGGCCGAAGGUUCGCAUCAUAGAUGACUGCCUUCAGAGCGGUCUGAACUCGGCUUAUGCGGCAUACAACAAGCUCAGGUUGAUGGACGCUGAUGCGUUUAUCUCCCUGGUUCUCUUGCUUAUCCGAUGCUCGCACCAGCCCGGCAGCAUGAUUCAGCUCGAUUCAGGGGAACAACUUGUGGUGAAGAGACACCCCGAAUGGGGCGACGGCCUGGAUCUUCUCGGCAAGACUUUGGAUCUCUCCGCAGCUUACAAACAACUGGGCUGCCGGCCCGAUACAAAGUUUAAUCGAGUGUUAGUCGCUUGGAGUCCAGAACGCCGUGCGCCGGCGUUCUUUGUGUCUACCGCCCUGAUGUUUGGAGCGUCAUCGGCAGUCUUUUCCUUUAACCGCUGCUCGGCAUCCCUGUGGCAUCUGGCAGUGACGAUGGGUUCAGUCUGCUGCACUGUGUACUUCGAUGACUUUCCUUGUGCGGAACCAUCGGCCUCGUCGGGCUCAGCGCAGGACUUCAUGGUGGGGCUUCUGUCCACUUGCUUGGGGUGGAACGUCGCUCUGCAACCUAAGAAAAACCAGCCCUUCUCUCAGACCUUCACCUUGCUGGGCAUUGAGCUUUCAUUGAAGACGGCGGACCAGGGCAUCCUGAAGGUGCGCAACAAGCCGGACCGAGUCUUGGAGCUGCGUGCUGAACUUGACCGGCUUUUGUCACAGGGCUACAUGAAGAGGUCUGAGGUGGCGGCCAACGGCUGGGAUGAUGCCCUGGCCGACGAUUUCAAACUUGUGAUUGGCUACAUCGCAGCUUGCUUCGCUACGGACUCCCCGAGGGUGAUACAUGCUCUUGAUUCGCGGUAUGCCAUCAAGCUCUUUACAGAUGGCGCAUGGGACAACAAAAUCGCUGGUGCGGGGGCUGUUCUCCAGUACGCCUUGGACCAGGGACCGAAAGUGGCGGAGGUGGUCGUUCCAGAAUGCCUUAUCGAGCACUGGGGCAGGCAUGGCGGCACUCAGCUCAUCUCGCAGCUGGAGCUCUUUCCCGUGUUGGUGUCACUGGUCAGCUGGGGCCCCCAGUUGGCGGGCAGGCGCAUCCUGGCUUUCAUCGACAACAACGGCGUGCGCGACUCCUUGAUCAAGGGCUCUUCUCCGCUUCCCGACCACUUCGUCAUGCUUUCGAUGAUUGCCUGGGUGGCUCGGCGGUAUCACUUCACGCUGUGGUUCACUCGUGUGGCAUCAGAAUCUAACCCUGCAGACAAGCCGUCUAGAUCGCGAGCGCGGGAGGCUGCUGAAGAGCUCGGUGGAUCCCUUGAGCUUCCCUUGACCUUGGAUGACAUUCUUGUGAAAGGAUUGCUCAGCAAGCGGUCCUUCAUGGAUAUGUGCCAGGGGUCAAUGCCGUUCGGUGAUGGGGAAAAUAUGGGAGAGAGACUGUGGCAGUGA